AUGGAACCUCAAGCUGCGUGGAAUUCAAUUAUAAUUUAAAAAAGUGAAGAAAGGAAAAUAAAAAAAAGGAGAACGCUAGCUAGCUAGCUACAGAUAUUAAUGUGUUUUAGGAGUGCGUCAUGAGUAAGAAUCACUGUGUCAAAAUUUUAAAACAAAUGGAAACAUUCUACCAAACCAGAUUUGCAGAAUGGAACCGAUUAUACGAAGACUUAAAACUUUCUAAUCGACAUUGCGCAGUGUUAAAUAAAUACUAUCCAUUUGAUACCGAGACGUUUCUUAACACUGAAAAUACUUCUCAAUUUCAUUUGAGAAGUACGGCUACAUCAAAACACGAAAUUAAAAUAAGAGAGGAUGAAUCAAUUGCCAAGUAUUUUCUCACUGAAGGUCAUAUUAUUUUACCUUCACUAGAAAGUUCUUCCAAACCAUAUUGGGUUCUUAAAAGUGAUGUUGAAAGUAACGAGGGGAUUCUCACUCUCCAAAGAAUUGUCAAAAACACGUGUGGUAGAAAACUUAACAAUGCGAGACUACUUUUUUCUGAUUUCUUUAAAUCUCCAUACGUUUUCAGCAAAAAUAAGAUUCUUCCGUAUUACCUUCUUGAUCUGUCCUCUCUGCUACCCGUACUUGGUUUGGAAAUUCAACCAGAUGACAGGGUGUUAGAUAUGUGCGCAGCGCCUGGUGGAAAAACAGUAGCUAUCAUGCAGUUUUUAUCUUUGAAAGGACAACUUGUAAGCAACGACGUCACAAAGGGAAGAUUUAACAGACUGAAAAAGGUGAUAAAGGAGUACCUACCUCUCCACAAUACACACAAAAGCAACGUGACAAUCACAAAUUGGGACGGUCAACAAUUUGGUACAGAGGAAGUACAAACGUUUGAUAAGGUUCUAGUCGAUGCGCCAUGUUCAUCAGAGAGACACGUGAUUCAAAAGCAUUUCCAGUAUGGAGGGUGGAGUGUAAAGAAAAUGAACGAGAAUGCAAAGCUCCAAGUUAAAUUGUUGUUGUCUGCUUUAAAAACAGUCAAGCCUGGAGGUAUAGUGGUUUAUUCAACUUGUUCGAUAUCACCUCUUGAAAACGACGAAGUCAUAAACAAGGUAGUACAAAUUACUUGUCAACAAAAAGACAUACUUUUUGCUGUCGAUGAUACGUGCUCUCUUAUUGACAGUACCAUAAACCAACUAGCGGAGGGAACGUUUAAUUAUUUAAAAACGCGCCAUGGAAUUUUAGUGUUACCUUCUGAAUGUUGUAACUGGGGGCCAAUGUAUGUGUCGCGAAUAUUUCGAAUCACUUGAUGCCUUAUUUGUUAUUAUUGUGUUAAAAGUAAUCAAAUAGCUUCCGUCGGAGAGAAAUUUCAGUGGGUAGAAAUUUUUGCGAAAUAACAUCUAAAAACGAAUUUUUUUUUGCCAUGCUGCCUAUCCUGAAACCCUAGAUUCUUUAUAUAUGAAAUUAUAUAUGUAACAGCUAUUUUGAGCGUGUGUUGGUGCGAAUCACUUAUCUAGAUAAACGAAACAAGACUAUAUUUUCUGCAUGAUUGAUAUUAUUUCACCGUAAAAAGACAACGAUACAAAAUUUAACAUCAGUUUUAGAAAUAUCAACUUCACUUUGCCGGAUUUGAAACGGACUCCAGCAAUGUUUCUUAGCCUGCAUGGUGCUGUUGAUUUUGUCAUCAUUUUAAAAAAUGUUCACUAACUGAAUUGACAUGCUUCUCUGCUGCGUUUUUUUUUCGUUUUCUUCUUUUAUUUCGAGUUCGAUCGGUCAUAUCCAAAUGCAUCACAUCCUUCAUCCAACAAUCCGAUAGAUGACUCGCGCAUUAGGUGCAAAAAUCUUUGAAGCUCUUGCUUCUGAAAGACCUUAUUAAAAGAAGAAGUAUUAACUUGGUGAUGUAGAAGGGGAGGAGUUUAUUUGGUGAACAAGAGAGGUGACAAAGGUUACAAAUAAUCAUCUUACAUCUUUAUACUUACAUAAACUUUCUUUGAGUCUGCUCUUUGGUAGAAAUGGCAUUGGUGUACCAGCCUCUUUUUUCAAAGGAGAUGCAGAACGAUACCCUGGGCUUGCACUUUGUUCAAGGAUUUGUAAAGCUUUAUUUAUAUGUUAAGAAAAUACCAUGUUUUCUGCUUACAAUUUAAAACAUGUAUAUAUUUCUUUAGUAACAGGAAUACAUUUAUGAACUCUUUGGUA